GGGGAGCGAAGGCCGCGGCGGUCUGGGUGGGCCGCAGGCAGCGAAUCGAAGUGGGAGCCUGAGUGGAAUGCAUAUUCUUUCUUAACUACUGAAGACUGAAUAUUGUGACGAAAGAUCUGUGAAGCAACAUGUCAGAGUGAAGUUUUGAAUUCUAAACCAGGCAAGCUGCAAUGGAAGAAAUUCCAGUUAAAGUAGCAGUAAGAAUAAGACCUCUGCUUUCUAAGGAAAUCCUUCACAACCAUCAAGUGUGUGUGAGAUUAAUUCCCAAUACUCAGCAGAUUAUUAUUGGAAAGGACCGUGUUUUCACUUUUGAUUUUGUUUUUGGCAAACAUUCAACACAAGAUGAAGUAUAUACAACGUGCAUUAAGCCACUGGUGGCAUCUUUGAUAGAAGGAUAUAAUGCUACGGUUUUUGCCUACGGACAAACAGGCUCUGGAAAGACUUACACCAUUGGAGGAGGCCACAUUGCAUCUGUUGCAGAGGAAGAGAGGGGUAUCAUUCCACGUGCCAUCCAGGAAAUAUUUCAGAGUAUUUCAGAAAACCAUAAUAUUGACUUCAGUGUGAAAGUUUCUUAUAUAGAAGUCUACAAAGAAGAGCUCCGAGAUCUACUGGAGCUGGAGACAUCUAUGAAAGAUCUACACAUUAGAGAAGAUGAAAAGGGCAAUACAGUCCUCAUUGGGGCCAAAGACUGUCCUGUUGAAAGUGCGGGGGAAGUGAUGAGCCUCUUUGAGAUGGGGAAUGCUGCUCGUCACACAGGCAUGACCCAAAUGAACGAGCACUCCAGCCGCUCUCACGCUGUCUUCACAAUCAGCAUUGCUCAACAACAGCCCCCUGUCCAGAGCCAGAAGGAUGCGGAUUCUGCACAAUGCUCGUCUCGGAGUUCAGGCCAGCUGAUCGCUUCCAAAUUCCACUUUGUGGACCUGGCUGGAUCAGAGAGAGUAACGAAAACUGGGAACACGGGCGAACGGUUCAAAGAAUCGAUUCAGAUCAACAGCGGUUUACUGGCUCUGGGAAAUGUGAUAAGUGCUCUCGGAGACCCGAAGAGAAAAAGUGCGUAUAUCCCCUACAGGGACGCUAAAAUUACCCGGAUUCUAAAGGAUUCCUUAGGAGGCAAUGCCAAGACAGUCAUGAUAACUUGCAUCAGCCCCUCGUCUUCUGAUUUCGAUGAAUCACUAAACUCUAUCAAAUACGCCAACAGAGCCAAAAAUAUUAGAAAUAAACCAGUCGUCAACUACAACCCAGACUGGGACCGUAUUGAUGAGAUGGAGCUUGAAAUCAAGUUGCUCCGGGAAGCUUUGCAGAACCAGCAGGUCAGUGGACAAAUCCUAGGCAGUCAAGGGUCACAGGAUUUGUCACAGGACAGAAACAAAAUCCGUUCCCUUGAAGAACAGCUCGCUCAGCUCCAGGUGGAAAGUUUUAGCUACCGAAACUGCAUCCAGGAAGCCUACGCGUGCCUCGUUGACUUAAAUAAUAUUGCCAGCUUAACGAACAGCCAACAGGAAAGACUGCAAGAUUGGCUCUGCCUGGCUCGGGAACUAAGGCAAGAGGUGUCAACAGUUCCCCGAGUAAUCAGUGAGAGUGGAGGUGACCCAGAAGAGCCGUAUCAUAUCACCAUCCUUCAGCUGAAAAGGGAGCUGAAGAAAUGCCAGCAAGCAUUGGCCACAGAUCUGGAGAUGUUUGGAGAGAAGGAUCUUGAACUAAAAGAACUGCAAGAUCAAAUACAAAAACUGUUAAAGGAGAACCAAGAAUAUCUGGUAUCGCUCAAGGAGGCACAGGAAACUAGUAGGCUACAGAGUGAGAAGAUGGCGGUGCAACAGCUGAUCAUUGACCAACUGAACGGCAAGUUAGAGAAAAUGAACAGCAGUUCUGCUUCUGGAGGCGAUUGCGGAGAUGGGUUGGCUGCUGUGACGUCGGCCAAAAGGCCUUACAGUGUUCCGCUGACGAAAAGCCUUUUACAGUCCAUGAAUGCGCCAAUGAGGUUGGAUUCUCGGAAGGUACACACCAGCCCACCUACGUACUCCCUAAACAGAAUAAUGGCUGGAUUUCGAACCCGAAGCCAAAUAAUGUUGGAUCAUGUAGAAGAACAAGAUGAAGUUCUUCGUUUCUCCUUUUCUGAUCAUAGCGAUGAAGAUGAAAGAAGUGCCAAGAACAUACGACCACCCCCGUCUCGAAAGAGUUUGAACCGUACAUGGACACACAAACAAGCUUCCCAUCACUUUGUCUCUGAACCAAAAGAAACAUUGCACAGUUCCUCUUCGCAAGACAUUGCACAGAAUGAAACGGUUACAGGUGAAGACAUUGAAAAUAUCCGAAAGAGUCAGAUACUAAAUUUGCAGAAGUUAAAGAAUUCAGAGCUAAAACUUAUUGCUGCGAAGCAAAAAAUGAAUGAACUUACGCUUAAUAUCAGAAUGAAAGAAGAACUGAUUAAAGAACUGGUAAAAACAGGUAACGACGCCCAAUCUGUAACCAAGCAGUAUUCUCAGAAAAUGACACUACUGGAACAUGAAGCAGAGCAAGCAAAAAUGGAAUUAGCUGAAACACAAAAGCAGUUGCAGGAGCUAGAGAGCAAGGAGUUAAGAGACAUGGAAGAGAAAGCCAGGCUGCAGAAAGAAUUUAGGAAGAAGAUGGAUGCGGCAAAACUUAAAAUGCAGGAUUUACAGAGGAAACAGCAAGACACGAGGAACUUUGCAUCACUCUCCACCCAGAACGUGAAACGUGUAGCAGAACUGGAACAGAAUGUCAUUCACAUGAAAGAUCAACAAGCCGAACUUCAGAAAAGACUGCAUGAAGAGAGUGAAAAAAAGAAAUCCUUGGAGGCAGAAAUUCAACAGGGCCAGCAGCAGGUCAAGGAACUUCUGGAAAAGACGGAACAACAAGAAAAGAUUCUGAAACUAAAAGAGAAAGAAAUUGCUGCGUUUAAAAGGAAAAAUUCAUCUGAACUUCCACAGCAACUGCAGAAUUUAGAAGAGAAAAAGAAGUGGCUUGAUGAAGAGCUCGAGAAGAUUUUGCAGCAGCGUCAAGAGCUGGCUAAUCUGGAGGAGGAUUUAAAGAGAAGAGAAGCCAUCAUUUCCAAGAAGGAGCAGUUGAUACAAGAAAAGACCCACCUGGAAAUAAAGAAGCUGCGAUCCAGCCAGGCACUCAAUACAGACAGCUUGAAAUUAUCUACCAAUCUGAGCAAGUUGGAUCAGGAAUUAUGUGACAAAAAUAUACAACUUCAAAGCAGUACCAGUGAUGAGCACGGAAAGAUUUUGCAAGAAGUUCAGGUGCUGCAGAAGGAGAGAGAUCAGCUGCUAACAAGAAGAAACAGUGUGGAUGAGAAACUUAAAAAUGGCAGUGUGUUAUCCCCUGAAGAAGAGCACAUUCUGUUCCAGCUCGAAGAGGGAAUUGAUGCUUUGGAGGCAGCCAUUGCCUACAAGAAUGAAAGUAUCCAAAAUCACAAGAACUCGCUCAGAGACUCAUCUCAGAUCCUCUCACAGAGUGAGGCCAAUGUGAUGGGGAAAUUAGUUUCCUUGUCUGCUGUUGAGCUGCAAGCAAUUCUCUUAAAGUAUUUUAAUAAGGUUAUCAGCCUCCGAGAGAGUGAACGUAAAUUGCAGCUCCAAACUGAAGAACUAGGCAUGAGGGUAAUGGAACAAGAAAACAUAGUACGAGAGCUUGAAUCAGCACUUCAGCAUCUCAUGCUUCAAUGCGAUCGCCGUCUGACUGUCCAACAAAAAGAGUAUGAGCAAAAGAUGCAGUUAAUACUAGUUCAUUGCAAAGAGCAAGAUGGGGGAAGUAUUACAGAAUCCCUUAAAACAUAUGAAGCCAAAGUCCAGCAAUUAGAAAAAGACUUGUUCUUCUAUAAGAAAACGAGCAGAGAACUGAAGAAGAAAUUAAAGGAACUCCUUGGAGAAUCGAUGCUUCGCCCUCUGACACAAAGUAAUUCUUCUAAUGAUGGAAUACUGGACCAAGAAAGAGUAGGUGUCUCUUUGGAAGAACUUGUAAGUAUACCCAAGCCAUCUGGAAAACUGAAAGAAACAGACCACCCAUCAGGUGGUUUAGGAGCACAGCAGAAUUCACAUAGACUUGAUCAGGAUGGUGCAGAACUGGUAUCCAACGCAUCGUGUUCAUCCAAUAGUAACGAAGAGCAAGCAGGAAAAGUGCGGCAACUGGCAGAAUCUCACCCACAAGGAUGCUGUCAUUCUCGGACAAGAGAGACACUGGCACACCGUCAAGGAGUAACCCCAGUAAAAGUCCCCCGCAGAGAAUUGCGUCCUAUCUCUGCUUCUGAGCUUUUAUCAAGGCGCUCAGGCCUUACAGCUGCAAAAAAUUCUGUUGCUGAUGGUUCCUUUGAAGUGUCUAGAAAGCCUAAUGAUAAUAUGUAAUCAACUCAUUUUAGUAUUUUAAGAGCACUUACACUAUUUCCUUCCAAUUCAUUUCAGACAGCUAUGAUGUUUAUUUCUAGUCGUGCCUUAUGCCACAGACCAUUAUUUUAGAAUACUGCUUUGAUACCGUUGUGACUUAAAGGACUGAGAUCAAAGGCAUUUUCACCUUUGAGGAAUUCUGUUACAAAGUAUGUACUGCUUUUUUGGUACAAUUAGAAUGGAGUUUUAUUCUGUGUCCUUUUAAAUGCAUACUGUCUCAAAAAGCUGCUUUACUCAAUAGAUUUUCAUUCCCAUGGACAGACAUGACCAUUCCUCAGGGCAUGUUUCUGUGUCCAAAUAGCGUACAGACUGAACAACCAGCUAUGGCCAUAAGCACUUCAUGUGACUGAUUAGGCAGAGAUGAAAUUGCCAUUACAGUUACGGGAAGUGCUGUUGGCUUGAUCUGUUAAUACUCACUUUAGCUCAUUGUAGUUGUGAACAUGUAGCAUUGGCGUGUUCACGUGAAUAAAAACUGUAUUGUGUUA